CAAUAUAACUCAUAAAUGUUAUCUGUGUUUCCUAAAACAGAUGUAUGCCAUAUAGAUUGUUCUUUUGAUGUGAACUUGUGUAACUGGAAACAAUCAACGAGUGAUAACAUGGACUGGAUACACUGGAAUGGCUCAACCCCUUCCGAUUUUACUGGACCAUCAUUUGACCACACAACAGGAUAUGGCUACUAUCUAUACAUUAAUGGACAGGAUUCAGAAGAGGGAGACUUUGCAAGAUUGGAGAGUCCUGCAAAUUGUUUCACUGGAACUCAUUGCUUACAGUUUUGGUAUCACAUGUAUGGAGCAGCAAAAUACAUGAUGCUGAGGGUGUCAGUACUAAGAGAUUAUGGUUUGGAAGAUGUCUUCACUAUAGAAGGAGAUCAUGGGGACAUGUGGUAUUUAGAGAAGAUUUUCCUGCCUGAAAGUGAUAUUAUCCAGAUUUUCAUUGAUGGUGUCAGAGGUGAAGAUUUCCGCAGUGAUGUUGCUAUAGAUGAUAUUUCUUUUUACCCAGGAUAUUGUACUGCAGCAACAACUACCACCACCACCACUGUAACUACAAAACCGACAGGUUCUACUGUGUCAUCAACUAAAACCACAUCAUCACCAGAUUGCAGCCCUUACACAGAACAGUUUUAG